GUAAUAUAAUAAAUAUAUUUCUACUGAUCUUCUAAUAAGAUGGAAGUCGCCGUCCGGUGAUGACGCGUAACCACUAUAAUACAAUCAGUAUAUCGUGUCCCUCGGUGACUGUAAAUCGAGACGAUGAAAACGCACCUGCCCAUAUUAGCGGCUGCAGCCUGCGGACAUAGUUCUGGAAUCAAAGAUCUGGUCUCGGAUGACGAGGAUGCCUUUCAAGAUGGGUCAGGUUCUGGCUGUUUCCAGAUCCCCGCUGAUGGAAUUUGUAACUGUAACACGCAUCUAUCUUGCCUUCAAACAUGUGAUGACAUCACGUGUAAUCAAGUUCUAACCGCCUGUUUAGGAGAUGAUACAUCAAAAGGAAACUGUAGAAAUCAAUCAAACUCUUCAGACACACCCAUGAAUGCUUCUAAUACAGACCUGACAUUGUGGAUCACGGGUGGUGUUUUGUCUGUUAUUCUUGUGGCAGCGGCUGUCCUUAUGAUUGCAUUGAGGAAGAGGAAGUGUUGUUGCAAGAGAAAUAAUAAACAAGCUAUGGAAUCAGGGCCACAGAUUGUCUUGUAUCAACCAAAUCUUCAAGAUCCCGACCAUCACUAUGCCAGAAUUCCAAUUAAUAGUGUAAGCAAUAACAUUCAGGAAAAGGGAAAUGUCGGUUUUUAUUCCAAAGUAAAUGAGGAAAUCGGUCCAAGUAUGAAGUCAUUUUCUUGUCCCAAAUAUGAAAGUCAGAAUAUCGCAUCUGAAAAUGAUUACCAAACGAUGCCAGGAAUAAGAGAGAAGAAGGAGCAAAAGUCAGACAGAGGGUCAGUUGGUUUAACUAGGAAUAAACACUUACUUGAGGUAAAGAAAGAGGAUAAAACCAUUCAGUUCACAAAUCAGAGUUAUCAGCUGAUGAAAGAUAUUGUCCCUUCGGACAAUUACGAGGAAAUGACUGGAGGACAAGCACCUGACAACUGUGACCACUACUCACACUAUCAGCCAAUGGACGGUACUGACCAUUACCUGGCAAUGUCAAGUCCAGAUUGUACUACUGCUGCUGAAGACGAAUACACUGUGAUGGACGAAUCAAAUAACGGCAAGUAUAGGAAAGACGUGGCACACAGCAUUUUAUAUGGCAAUGAAAUUGGGAUGCAAGAGGUUGAUGCCUAUGCCAACGAAUCAGUAAGACGAGCAAAGAAUUCCACAGAAAUGACCACUGAUGACGAAGUGUACGAGAAAAUGUCAUACUAAAACCCUAGAACUUAACCCCCUUUUUAGUUAAGUUUUUCU